UCUUAUCGGUACCGCACCGGUCAUUUCGCCAUGGCGCGAGUUGCUUUUGUGAUUGCUUUCUUGCACUACGGGUGCAGUGGAGGAUCACAGUCCGGUUGCCCUCCCCGGCGUGGCUUGCAGCUGAUACAGCACAAGACCAAGUUUCAUGCCAAAACUAUGGACAAUAUGGCAAGCAAAGGCAUCCAAGUCUACACUUUCAACAUUCCAACCACGACCACAACCACAGUGUGGCCUUGGGCGGUUGACCUUCUGUGGGACGGGCAUACCUGCUCACCAGCAGCCCCCUGGUUGGGGAAAACAGACACGGCUGAGGAAUGCGCGAAGCUUUGUGAUGAAUCGCCCAAGCAAUACACGAUGACUAGAAUUGUUUGGGUGAAGCAUGGAGACAAGAACUGCAAGUGUGCAGCGGAUGAUUGCACUCCCUCAGAAUGGCAGUGGGGAGCGGUCUACAGUUUCUAUAAAACUACAACCACUACCACCAGCACCACCAGCACUGACAACUACAACAACUGGUGGACCCACAUUCCAAGAAGGCGGAGCUGGGUGCUGCCGAGAUUCAGCUGGUUUGUCCCCAGCGUAUAGUCAUGAGCGGCUCUUCAAAAGGCCCAUCUGGGACCAGUCUUAUGGCUAUUAUGUCUCACCACCUUGGAGCAGCCUGGAAGAGCUGGAAGAAAGCAUCCAGUCGAAUUGCCUAAGGGAGCCAACUUGCAGCGGUUACCAGAAGCUGUCGUGCACCACAUCAUGGAUGGAAGGAGGGGAGUGGAAUCCUGGUUUCGCAUCAGAAUGCAAUGUCAGAUACUAUUGCAAUUCGGACUUCCCCAACUCGCUUUGCAACAACUUGGGGGACAGCGGUUCGGCCAAUGUGGUGAUGGGGAUGCCUGGGAUGCCUGAGUGUGCAAACACUUGUAUGGUACAGGCGCCGGCCCCACUUUCAACCACUUGGACCACAACAUGGGCGGCUGUCAUGACCGAUGCUGGUGCAGGCACAGCUUGCGUAGGCGGAGAUCCAGAAGCUUACCUGACAAUGAAGGACACUUUUGACUUGAGCUAUGACCGGGUUGUUCAGCUUUGCCUUGAUGACCCCAACUGCCAUGCCAUAGCUUUCCGAACCGAAUGUGAGCCCGUUGAUUAUGGUUCGUUGGUGCAAGAAUCUUCAGCAUCCGCGUCCAGCUCGUCCAGCUCAUCUGGCUGUUGCGGUUGUCAGGGUGACUGGACCGAAGAGCUGAGGCUGUACCAGAUGAGGUACGCCUAUCCCGGAGAUGGAGUUACACUCAGUGGUAAUGGGGUUGCGCCAGCAAAAAGCGAAGAUGGGCGGACGAAAGAUCACGUGUGGCAAGACUAUUUCCGGUGCUAUGUCAAGGUUCAGGGGACGACUCCUACCACCUCAACGGUGUCUACGGCUACCACUGCGCCUACCAGUUCCGCUACGACGACGACUACCACAACGGCAUCUUCGUUCACAAUUCACCUUCUCUGGGAUGGGCAUACGUGCUCCCCAGCAACAAAGUGGUUGGGACAAACGAGCACUGCUGAGGAAUGUGCGAAGCUUUGCCAUGAAUCGCCCAAGCAAGACACGAUGACUAGAAUUGUUUGGGUGAAGAAUGGAGACAAGAACUGCAAGUGUGCAGCGGAUGAUUGCACUCCCUCAGAAUGGCAGUGGGGAGCAGUCUACAGUUUCUCGCCUACCGGCACAGCCACGACAACCACUCCGACCCCUACCAGCACAUCCACUGGCGAUUGGAUCCUUGUCCAAGCUGACAGUGCCUGUCGCGGUGCCAACCCAAGCGACAAUUCCGUGGCCUACUACGUGGUAAUCCUUGCAGCAAGUCUUGAGGAGUGUCAGAGACAAUGCAGCAGGAAUCCUCGGCGAUGCCGUGGUGUGGAGUUUAAUUCGACUGGUCGCUGUGAAAUUUGGACACGGCCAAAUGGCAUCCAGUCUGUUGCCACUGUCGCUGGCUUCGAAUGUUACCGCAAUGUGCAACAUCCUGUCUUCUCUGACAUCAUCUCAUCGUUCCAGGGUGGCCCAGGUACUGCCUGUCGAGGUGACAACACAACUGACAUCUCGCCAUCGCAUUACCGCAAGGGAUCGGCACACUCUAUCGAGAAUUGCCAAUCGCAGUGUGAGAGUGAUGCCACAUGCAAAGGAAUCAACUUCAACUCUGCUGCGCAUGAGUGUCUGAUCUGGACUCACAUCAUUGGAGCAACUGUUCCAGGCACCUCAGAUACGUGCUUGUCAUUUGUUUGAUCCCCACAUGAUGGUGAAGGCAUCUUUGUUUUCAAGUGCUGCGAGUAUGCAGUGUGACAAUGCAUUGCAGACUUAGUCGCAUUGGGAGGUCAAUCGUUUUAAGUUUUAAGGUUUCAAGACAAACUUGGAAAAUGUGACAGCUCUGCCGAUGAAGCUCUUGUCCAAGCCAAUCUGCAUCGAAAUGUUGUUUCUUUUGGUCAUUCAGCUGAGUAGCA